CCAUUAAGACUCACCUGAACAGCAAGAGCAUCACAGAUGAACACUGCAUCGUUAAAUCCAACACAGGACAGAGGAAGACCUAGGUUUCAAUUUGUCAUCCACAGAAAUCAUCUCAACCACACAGAGUCACAAUAUGCUUUCCACAAUUCAGAAAGCAACCAGACAAGUGUCAGCCCUGUCUGCAAUUAGAAGUUUCCAUAAAUCUGCACUAGAUGUCAUGGAGCGCCCCGCCCCUGAGGAGACUGUAACAAGUAGCUUUGGCCGAUUUAUUCAGGGUGUGCAGCCAAGGCAUCUCUCAGCAGUCGUACUCCAUAGAAGCAAACGUAUGGUGCUGGACAGCAUUGGUGUAGGGCUGCUGGGUAGCACCACUGAAGUGUUUGAACUGGCACUCCAGCACUGCCAGCACAUGUAUGCUCCCGAUGACAUCAGCUUUGUCUAUGGGCGCAGUGGGACCAAACUUUCCCCAACCCUGGCUGCAUUAGUCAAUGGAGUAGCAGUUCAUUCCAUGGACUUUGACGAUACCUGGCACCCUGCAACUCAUCCAUCUGGGGCAGUGCUUCCUCCUCUCCUUGCCAUUUGUGACAUGUUGCCUCAAAACAGCAAGCCAAGUGGUUUCGACCUCCUGAUGGCAUUCAACAUUGGAAUUGAGGUCCAGGGUCGCCUUAUGAGAUUCUCCAAUGAGGCUCACAACAUUCCCAAGAGGUUCCACCCCCCUAGUGUCGUGGGUACACUGGGCAGUGCUGCUGCAUGUGCCCGGCUUCUUUCCCUCAACCAGACUCAGUGCAGCCAUGCUUUGGCCAUUGCUGCAUCUUUAGCAGGUGCCCCAAUGGCCAAUGCUGCCACUCAGUCAAAGCCACUACACAUUGGCAAUGCAUCUCGUCUGGGCCUUGAAGCUGCCCUACUAGCCUCUCGUGGGAUGGAAGCAAGUCCACUGGUUUUGGACGGAGUGCCUGGGGUAGCUGGCUUCAGUGCUUUUUAUGAAGAUUACACCCCAAAACCAAUGGUGUCCCCUGAUGAUGCAGAGCACACAUUUCUUCUAGAGACACAAGACAUUGCUUUCAAACGGUUCCCUGCCCACUUGGGCAUGCACUGGGUUUCUGAUGCUGCUGCUCAUGUCCACAAAGCCUUGUUGGCUCUUUCGGGAGGAAUCAUCUCCCCAAGCUCAGUGCAGGAAAUCCUGCUACGGGUGCCACACUCUAAAUAUAUAAAUCGCCCCUUUCCAGAGUCAGAGCACCAGGCACGACACUCCUUUCAGUUUAAUGCUUGCACCACACUGCUGGAUGGGCAGGUAACGGUGCAAUCCUUUCAUCCUAAAGCACUCAUGAGGCCAGAGCUUCAUGCCUUGCUCUCCCGUGUUCGAGUAGAGCACCCCCAAGACAAUCCAGCUAACUUUGAUUGCAUGUAUGGUGAGGUGCAGGUCACUUUGGUAGAUGGUAUUGUGUUGCAAGGCCAUUGUGACACUUUUUAUGGCCACUGGAGAAAUCCACUAAGUAAAGAGAGCCUGCACAAAAAGUUUUGCAACAACGCAAGUGUAGUGCUCCCACCUGAGAGGGUCAAUGGGAUCAUAGAAGCUGUGGAGAAGUUGGAGUUUCUUUCUGACUGCAAACCACUGCUAGAUCAGUUGCAGUAAAUAUCUUAUUUAAGUUUUCUUUAAGCAAUCUUUAUACUUUCUACUGAGAGACACUUUAUAUAAGGAAAAUGUGCGACAAUUUGUGUAAAUAAGGUUUACAUGCAGAACUUGUUUGUUUUCUCUUUAAAUUGUUUUCUUUGAAAUGUACUAUACUAGCCAAAACAAUGUAUCUGUUUGCUCUCUUUAUUCUCUGUAUGCAUUGUUAUUGUGAUAUUUUAUUUAAGUUUUUGCAAUAUGACGGUACAGGAAUACAAUAAAAUUCUUA